CGGCAUGCAGUCAGAGCCCGGAGCAUCAGGAAGCCCUGUGUGUGUGUGUGCAGUCUCAGCUCCUCCAACCAGACUGACCGGGACGCCAGGCUCAGGGGCAGCCAGGAUGCUAUGGGUAGCUGGGCACCCAGAGUAGCCUAGAGAGAGAAGGCAGUGCGUGGACGGCGGCUGCAACAGCGCCAGCCUGCAGCUCACCGGAGAGUCCAGGUUCCACCCUCGCCACUACCAUGGACGUCUUCAAGAAGGGUUUCUCCAUUGCCAAGGAGGGUGUGGUGGGUGCCGUGGAGAAGACCAAGCAGGGGGUAACAGAGGCAGCUGAGAAGACCAAGGAAGGAGUCAUGUAUGUGGGUACCAAGACCAAGGAGAAUGUGGUGCAGAGCGUGACCUCAGUGGCUGAGAAGACCAAGGAGCAAGCCAACGCCGUGAGCGAGGCUGUGGUCACCAGCGUCAACACGGUGGCCUCCAAGACCGUGGAAGAGGCAGAGAACAUUGUGGUCACCGCCGGGGUCGUUCGCAAGGAGGAACUGGAGCAAGCUGCCCCCUCACAGGAGGACCAGGAAGCCCAGGAACAAGAGGUGGAUGAGGAGGCCAAGAGUGGAGGAGACUAGAAGUCUGCCAGUCAGCAACAGAGGGCCCAAGGAACACCCUACUACCUUGGACCCCAUCCCCACGCCACACACAAUAAGUGCCCCACCCAAAGUGCCCUGCGGACUACCCAUGUGCCCUGCCUCAAACCUUGGUGCCACAGCCUGUCCACACUGCUGCCAUCCUCCACCCCGUUAGCCCUUUGGUCCCUCUGACCCCACAGGUCAAAUGCUGCUGUGAACUUUUUUUUCUUUUUUAAUGAUUUGAAAUAAAACAUGAGCCUCACUCCCA